AUGAUGUCCGACUCACAAAGAGAUGGCGGGUCCACGCGUGGCAAUGAUCGGGGACGUGGCCGUGGCCGUGGUGCCUUCGGCGGACGAGGACGCGGCCGGUCCGAUUUCUCGUCUGCAGGACCAAACGAGGACCGAUCUAUCACGACAAUUGUCGUGGAACAAAUCCCGGACGACAAGUUCUCCGAAGAGGCAGUGCGCGAGUUUUUCUCUCAAUUCGGCAACAUCACGGAGGUGACGUUGCAACCGUACAAAAAGAUCGCCUUGGUCAAGUUUGAAACCUUCGCGGAGGCCAAGCAGGCCUGGUCCAGUCCGAAGGUGAUCUUCGACAACCGCUUUGUAAAGGUCUACUGGCAUAAACCCAAGCGUGACGAGAGGAACGGCGAGAAUAAGCCCGAAGAGCCCGCAUUCAACCAAGAGGAGUUUGAGAAGCAACAGCAGGAGGCGCAAAAAUCGCAUGAGGAGCGAAUGAAGAAGAGGCAAGAAGCCGAAGAAGCCAAGCAAGCUCUCGAGCGCCAGCGUGACGAACUCAUGAAAAAGCAGCAGGAAGAAAAAUCACGUCUUCUCCAGCGAUUGGGCGUUGCGCCAAGUAACGGCAGUGAAGGCGCAGAGGAAGAUUCCAGCAUGCAGGUUGAGGACGAGAAUGUGAGCGAUGAAACUAAGAAGCUCCGCGCACAGUUAGCUGCCCUCGAAGCUGAAGCUCAGACCCUCGGUCUUGACGCUAAUGCUGACGCUUCAUUCGGUCGUGGUGGUUAUCGUGGCCGCGGGGGCUUCCGUGGCCGAGGCGGAUACCGCGGACGUGGAACCUACGAUCCUUCAUACCGGGGUGGAUAUCGUGGCCGAGGUGGAUUUGCUCCUCGUGGCCGCGGAGGUGUAUUGCGUUUAGACAACCGACCUCGACGAGUUGCCGUAUCAGGCGUGUCACUGCAUUCGGAGAAAGACGAAGCCCUGCGACAGCAUCUAAUGGGCGUUGGCGACUACGAAUCUAUAGAGUCGAACCCCGGCCAAUCUGAUUCCGUCGUCGUGGCAUUCAAAGAGCGAUACCAGGCCGAGAAGUUCAUGUUCAGUCCCUGGUCUCUCACCUCCUCUGGUGAAGCCCAGCUUUCAUGGCUUCCCAACCUACCGGUCGCCAAUCCCACAUCUGGUCCAACAGCAGAGUCAAAGAAUGGCGGCGGUGAUGACGAGCAAGACGUGAUGAUGGACUCGACUCCGACGGUGAGCGCGCCACCACCGCGCAAAGAGAACAACGAGAUGGAUUACGACGUGGCCGAGGACGAAAGCUGGUGA